GUCGGAUGCAACAACUCCUCAAUCGCUACAUUGAAGUUGUGUCGGUUUAUUUCGCACCUCAUGCCUGCGAACCGGUGACGUUUGAUGUCUUUGACACGAACUUCGACAUCAUUUUGGGGAUGCCUUGGCUUGCAAGUGCGGAUCACACGGUUAACUUCCAUCAGCGGACACUUACCGUGCGACGCCUUCGGCGCCGACGUGUCGUGUACCAUUCCUCUUCCGCACCCCUUGAUCCGAUGCCAAGUUGUAACAGCCAAGUCUUUUCGGGCCACUUGCGCUCACGAGCGGACCGAUGAGAUAGGCCUAUGUUUUCUACGAGCCGUUGCGAUGAACGAAUCUUCACCUACGAACUUGUCUUCAGACCCCCUAGUGGUGCGGCUGCUCGACGAGUUCACCGACAUCUUCGAGUCUCCUACCGGUGUGGUGCCGGAUCGGUCGAUCUCCUACGAGAUCAUUCUUGAGGCCGGUGUCGUGCCACCGAAAGGAUGCAUCUAUCGCAUGAGUGAGGAAGAGCUCGCGGUUCUCCGCACGCAACUCGAUGAUCUGUUGGACAAGAGCUGGAUCCGCCCUAGCAUCAGUCCGUUGUCGGAGAAGAUUCAAGCCAUCCAAGAGUGGUCGGACCCGCGGAACGUUACGGAUGUCUGUUCGUUCCUUGGCCUUGCCGGCUACUACCAACGUUUUAUCAAGGGAUACUCGAAGAUUGCGGCCCACUUGACCAAGCUUCAAUGCGAGGAUCGGUCGUUUGACUUCAGGGAGGAUGCGCGGGAAUCAUUUUUGGCUCUCAAAGUCGUGCUAUUAUCUGCGGAGCUCUUGCGCAUAUACGACCCGCUAUUGCCAACGCGCGUCACUACGGAUGCGUCCGGCUAUGGCAUUGGUGCCGUCCUCGAACAACACGAUGGCGUGGACUGGCACCCGGCCGAGUACUUCACCAAGAAAGAGCCCGUCGUGCACUCCAUUGAUGAUGCACGCAAGAAAGAGCUCCUAGCCUUCGUCCACUCGCUCAAACGGUGGAGGCACUUCCUCCUUGGUCGAAGUCAAUUCUUAUGGGUAACGGACAACAAUCCGUUAGUCUUCUACAAGACCCAAGACACCGUCAAUGGCACCAUCGCCCGUUGGAUGGCUUUCAUCGACCAAUUCGACUUUUUUCUCGAUCACAUUCCGGGGAAGUUUAACCGUUUUGCGGAUGCUCUUUCACGACGUCCGGAUCAUUGUACCGCAGUCUAUUCGACCUUCGAGAUCGACGACGACCUGCGGGACAGCUUCAUCCGUGGCUACCAAGCCGACACCGAGUUUCGUGACAAGUACGCGUUUUGCUCCUCUCCUAAUCCGAUGCCUUCUCACUACCAGAUCCAAGAGGGGUACUUGCCUGUCCACACGUGGGGGAAGGACCUGCUUUGCGUACCGACGCCAGGCCCCUUCACACCUUGUGAUGAGGAUGAUGUAUGUUGGGUCUGCAUUGUGACAUUGGUUGGGUUAGUCAUUGGUAUUCUAGCAUUUCGCUACGCUGUCCUGUACUACGUGAGGGAGUGUAUGCCACGACUCACUCGAUCACAGACCAAGACCAUGGACCGGAAGGAGGGAGAAUCCCUCCUGGCCUAUGAGGAACACCUGGCUGCUUUCAUCCAGGAGGCCAACAACAGGGCUGCCGCCGCGGCCAAGGAACGUGGUCGGAUUGAGCAAGAAGAAGAGGCCAAGCGACAGAAGGAAGAACAGGACCGACUUCGUCAAGAGGAGGCAGACCUGCAGGCGAUAGCCGAACACUGGUCACGCCAGCGGGAACGACUGUUCACGCGGGAGACCGUGAUCGGCGAUGAGGCCGCACAUUGGGUGCAAGUGGCAUCUACAGACGAGGCCCCGGAGACUGAGAAAGGGUUGUCAGCCCUUGCGCAGGUCUCCCACGACCUCGUGGCCACCUGCGUUCUGCAGCAGGAGGAAAUCCUUCACCUGCAGCAGACAGUGGACCAGAUGCUCGCACGGCUGCAGGCGUUGGAAAAACAGCCAGCUGUUGUAGCAGCCGCAGGGCCUUCAAACCUUGCCACCCGUGUUCAAGUUUUGAAGGACGACGUCAGCAAUAUCAAGCGUGUGCAUCAGGACUUCAGGACAUCGCAGCAAGCAACGAACGUGCAGUUAGAGACGCAGGUCCAGGCUGCUGCCACCGUGACGCCCGCCGCCGCAUCCUCCAGGUGCCCACCCAAGCUAGAUGGCAUUCCAGUUUUCUGCGAUCAGUCCAAGACGGAACCGAUCUCGUGGUGGCGCCAGUUUACUCUCAGGCUCGACAUGCACCAUGUCCCGAACAACGAUCGACAUCCGUGCUUGUACCACCAAUCUGGUGGUGCAUGUCAAGCAUGGCUGGACAACAUCUUGACCAGCCACGGCGUAGCAGUGUCGAAACUGCACACCAAGCUCACUUGGCAGGAGUUGACUGACGCCUGGCACAAGCGAUUCCAAGUGGAGCCGCCCGACCUGCAAGCGAUGGACAAGCUCAACAAGCUCCAUCAGAACACGCUGCUCAGUCAGGACUGGAUUACCGAGUUCCAAAGACUCGCCUCCAUACCUGACCCGCCGCUCACAUUUCGCGCCAUCAAGCACUCGUUUAUCAUGCGCUCGUGUCCAGCUCUGCAAAACGUGCUGACGCAAAUUGCAGAGACACUCGACACAUCUGACAAGCUUUUCAGCACAGCGUCACGGAUCAUUCUCACGAAUAUCGAAGCGCGCAACGCCGGCCGAUCUUUCAUGACGACGAGCGGCACCCAGCCCAAGCCAAAGUUUAGCCCAUUGACCCCACGAGGCAGGGAACUUUUAGAGCUCCAACAAGUCGAGAGGAUCCGCCUGAAGUUAGAGAGGGAACUGAAGCAAGCAACCGACAGAGAGAACAAGAUCAAACAAAGAGCAGCCAGGCUUGAAACGUUAGAGGCAGACAAGGCUGAGUUGGAUGAGUCAGUUUUGUCUGACCAAAUGAAAGUCUUGAAGAACAAUAUGUUGUCGUUGCAUGCGCACGUGGACAACAGAUUGGACUUCAUGCAGAACACCCUAGACCAGAUCCUGGACAUUUUGCAAAGGCCAGGAUUUCGGCCACCAGCACAGUCGCCGUUGCCGUUAACGGCGAUGUUUGGCCCCUUUCCAGUUCAAGCUGGCACACAACCAAGUGGCACGUCUGCAGCAGCUGCACAAACUGUUGCUUCUUCUUCUUCGGGUCCAGCGGUGGGUGCUACACCACCGCAACAACCUGUUCCUCAACAGGGACAGCCACAAGGUCAAUGGUACCCUAAGACCCCAAUGAAACCGCCUCUUGCCUUCUCAGGCGAGAGGAAGGACGAAGAACUCAACACAUGGUUGAGAACAGUUCCGGUUUGGGUGAAGGCGAAGAGGACCUUGCCAGAGGACGAAGUGGAUACUGCGGCAUCUUACCUCGAAGGUAAGACGGCCAAAUGGCUAGAUGGUAUAGUUGCAAAGGCUGGGUAUGGACGACGUAUGGCGGACUGGGCUCAGUCUAUUACGUUAGACCAGUUCUUUGAGAUGGUAGAAGCUCGCUGGCACAAUCCUCAGCAGGCACAAAUAGCCACUGAUGCGAUAAACAGACUAGAUCAAAGAAAGUUUAAGUCAGUCAGAGAGCUUACGACUACCAUAGAGAGCCUUAUCGUCAUUCCAGGCAUCAACUAUAGUGACCAGUUCAUGUUGACUACGUUUGUUAGAUGUCUUCCAGAGAACCUCAGGAACUUGCUGGCCAGCGAGGCUCGCCUCGAGUACCAUUCGUUUAAGACGUUGUUUAGAAAAGCCUUAGACUUAGAGACUACACUCGGAAAUACUCAACCCUCUCAGAAUGAUGCGAGGAAGAAGAAGAGUCCGCAGGAAUGGAAGAAGAAGGGGGCGAAGUUGAUGCUGGUUGAGUCCGAUGGGACUCAAACAGAAAUUGAUAAGCUCACAAACCUGUUGGACGGUUCAGAGUACGACGGCGAGAAGACCGCUGAGGGUAGCACCCUCGCCGCAGUAGUCAAGGCUAAGGCUGGUGGCCGAGUGAAGGGCCCACCAAAGAGUCAAGGGAAGGCCGCCUCCAAUCAGACCAAAGUGGCUGAUUGGGUCACGACAGGUCUUGAUCAAGACGUGUGGCGGGACCGCCGAGUGCGUGGCGCUUGUAUAAGCUGUGCCUUAGAAGAUCUGGAAAGUGAGUGGUCAAACAAGGACCCUCGCGAAUCUUGGGUGGCGCUAAGGAAAGGUCCUAGAGGGGAACAUUUCGUGGUGGAAGUCGAUGUAGGAGGCCGCAAAUGUGGUGCCUUCAUAGACAUAGGCUCCACGCGGAAUUACAUAAGUCGCGACUGUUUGGAAAUCAAGGACGUAGUUUGUACCUUCUCCUCUGGAGGAGGAAAACUUAAUCAUAAGAUUUCGUUCUUGGUUAGCGACGACUUACCAUUCGACAUGUUGUUAGGCAUGUACUACCUUGAGGUUGCUAAGCCCCAGUUCGACUGGGAUAAGAAGGUGCUAAAGCAUAAGUUGCCCGAUGGCAGGACAGUCAGAUUGACUAAGUUCAAAGCCAGUAGCAUUAUAGAUACCUAUGGUUGCUUGUGCGCAUCAGCAUUCUACAACUAUUACAAACAGAACCAAGAGGAAGGUAUGUACCUUGUGUAUGUCUCUAAGAAAGGGGAGGCCAUUAAAACACCCCCAGAGAUAGAACGCGUCGUUGCUAAGUUCCCUGAUCUGUUCGAGGAGCCCACAGGGGUCGUAGAAAGGGAAGUUGUCCACGCUAUAGAAAUCAUUCCAGGGAGUAAAACCCCAAAGGAAAGGAUCUAUAGGAUGGCUCCCGCCGAGUUAGAUGAACUUCGGCGACAACUGAAAGAGCCGACAAAGAAGGGAUGGAUCUGGCCUAGUACUUCCCCUUACGGAUCGCCAGUAUUAUUUGUACCAAAGAAGGGGGGUACAUUGAGGAUGUGCAUUGACUAUGGAGGCCGCAAUGCCAUCACAGUGAAGAACACAGAGCCUUUACCCCGCAUAGACGACCUACUGGAUAGGGUGCAGGGAUGCAAGUACUAUAGCAAGAUAGACUUGAAAUCCGGCUAUCAUCAGAUCGCUAUAAGACCUGAGGACCAACACAAGACAACUUUUCAGACUCGAUAUGGUCUGUAUGAGUUUGUAGUGAUGCCCUUUGGUCUUUGCAAUGCGUCGGGAACAUUCCAGCACGCUAUGAAUCGGAUCUUCCAUGACCAUUUAGAUAAGUUUGUCGUGGUAUACCUUGACGACAUUCUGAUCUUUAGUAAGUCUGCCGAGGAGCAUGCACAGCACGUUGAGACUGUACGUUCACUCCUGCGACAACACAAGUAUAAGGUCAACCUAGAGAAGUACUGGAGUGAUGAGUGCGAGGGUGCUUUCAAGCGAUUGAAGCAUGCACUCAUGAAUCAUGAAGUUUUCAUGGUUCUCGAUCCUCAGAAGCCAUUCAUAGUGACCACUGACGCAAGCCAAUACGGCAUUGGCGCGGUGCUGGCUCAACAGGAUGGGAAAAAGUUGAGACCGCUUGAGUACAUGAGUAAGAAGAUGCCAUCGAAGAAACUGGCAAAGUCCACCUACGAAAGGGAACUCUAUGCUCUCUACAAGGCACUUGUCCAUUGGAGACACUUCCUAUUGGGAAGGUUCUUCUACUUGAGGACUGAUCAUCAUACCCUCAAAUGGAUCAAGACUCAUCCGGCUCUUUCUGACGCACUCAAGCGAUGGAUUGAAGUCAUAGACCAAUAUGACUUCAAGCUUAAGUAUCUGAAGGGAGAGUACAACAAGGUUGCAGACGCGCUAUUACGUAGGGUAGACUACCUAGGUGCGCAAGUUUCUGACUUUGGUGUAUCUGAAGAAGUAACUCAAUCAUUGGUGGGAGCCUAUCAGGAAGACCCUGUCACGAUGGACAUCAUGCGCAAACUUCAGGCAAAAGACAAGGCCACGGAAAGUGAGUUUGUGAUGGUGGACGGUCUACUCUAUCUUGAUAAGGCCGGUGUUAAAAGGCUAAUAGUUCCAUCUAAUGAACGUUUGCGUAGUUUGUUUUUAGGAGAAUGCCAUGACGCAACCAGGCACUUUGGUUACAAAAAGACGAGUGUUAAUCUAGUACAACGAUUUUGGUGGCCUGGAAUGCUAGAUGACGCGAAGAAGUAUGUAGAGACCUGUCAGGUUUGUCAGCGGGACAAGCCGCGAACUCAAGCACCGCUUGGGUUGAUGAAGCCCUUACCAAUCCCCGCUGGUCCAAGACAGAGUGUUUCCAUGGAUUUCAUGGAUACCCUGGUGACCAGCAAGAGUGGCAAGAGGCACAUCUUCAUCAUCAUUGAUCGAUUCACCAAGUACGCUAGACUAGUUGCCAUGCCAGAGACCGCAAGGACGGACCAUGUCAUCAAGUUGUUCCAGGACAAUUGGGUGGGUGACUUUGGUUUACCAAAGACAAUCGUUAGUGACAGAGAUGUCCGUUUCACAAGUGAGCUGUGGAAGAAGACUGCUGAGCAGAUGGGCAGUCAACUUCAGAUGACUUCAAGGAAUCAUCCCGAAGCCAAUGGACAGGCUGAGCAGAUGAACAGAGUUGUACAGCACCUGCUGAGGCAUUACAGCACCUGCUGAGGCAUUACAUCAAGCCUAGCCAGG